GGUUCCCGUGGGGCCUCAUGGGAUGGUUGUCGUAUCCUUCUGAGGUCCUUUAAGGACCGUCUCGGACCUGGGAACCCCCGGAGGAAAGGUCACCCCGGUCUUCUCCCACGCCCCACCUCAGUGCCGCCCCCAAGCGCCCCGCAGCCCUUAGUAUCUAGAGGAUUAACCUCCAAGGGCGUCCCGGGCCUCGCCUUGGCGUCCGGCCCGGCCUGGGCCCUUAGGGUCUGCUUAGCUCUUCCCCAAGACUCGUGCUAUUCCUGAGGGAAUCUUUGUCGGUAUCCUGGUCACUGUGGGGGUUUGAGGUCGUCCCGGAAGACUUCAGAACCAGGCGAACCUAGACGAAGGUGGCUGGAAUCAACCAGGAUUGAAAUACACUCCCUGCUGUUGUAUGCACAUGCAGCUUUUAUUGUGUGUUCGCUGUGAUGGUAUUGCUGCUGUAACAGCCUUACAUUGCAGGUUAACAAUCAAGAUGGUACAUGCCGAAGCCUUUUCUCGUCCUUUGAGUCGGAAUGAAGUUGUUGGUUUAAUUUUCCGUUUGACAAUAUUUGGUGCAGUGACAUACUUUACUAUCAAAUGGAUGGUAGAUGCAAUUGAUCCUACCAGAAAGCAAAAAGUAGAAGCUCAGAAACAGGCAGAAAAACUAAUGAAGCAAAUUGGUGUGAAAAAUGUGAAGCUCUCAGAAUAUGAAAUGAGUAUUGCUGCUCAUCUUGUAGACCCUCUUAAUAUGCAUGUUACUUGGAGUGAUAUAGCAGGUUUAGAUGAUGUCAUUACGGAUCUGAAAGACACAGUCAUCUUACCUAUCAAAAAGAAACAUUUGUUUGAGAAUUCCAGGCUUCUGCAGCCUCCAAAAGGUGUUCUUCUCUAUGGGCCUCCAGGCUGUGGUAAAACGUUGAUUGCCAAGGCCACAGCCAAAGAAGCAGGCUGUCGAUUUAUUAACCUUCAGCCUUCGACACUGACCGAUAAGUGGUAUGGAGAAUCUCAAAAAUUGGCUGCUGCUGUCUUCUCCCUUGCCAUAAAGCUACAACCAUCCAUCAUCUUUAUAGAUGAAAUAGACUCCUUUCUACGAAACCGUUCAAGUUCUGACCAUGAAGCUACAGCCAUGAUGAAAGCCCAGUUUAUGAGUCUCUGGGAUGGACUGGAUACUGAUCACAGCUGCCAGGUCAUAGUAAUGGGAGCUACCAAUCGUCCUCAGGAUCUUGACUCGGCUAUAAUGAGAAGAAUGCCUACAAGAUUUCAUAUCAACCAGCCUGCUUUAAAACAGAGAGAAGCAAUCCUGAAACUCAUCUUGAAAAAUGAAAAUGUCUGUGGAAAAAUUGUCUUACACAAAAUUGGUCCCUGAUGCCAAAAAGACUGAGGCACUGAUACACCUUUGAACUUGACCUGAAUCCUCUUGGUUGCUUAUGUAACUCAGUAACUAUGGUAUAUGUGAGUUAAAGAUACUUUUCUUAUGUUUUUAGAGCCAUGUGUUUUUGUAUCUGUGCAUUAAAAUGCUCUGAUAUUUUUCAGACUAUUGUCUGAUUUUAUGUAAGAUACAUUUGUUUUUCUACAGAAGUUUUUUGUUGUUGUUUUUUACUUAAUUGCAUUUUUUUAACCUUUCCUGUAGUGCUGAAAAUUGCAAUAUUUUUUGAAGUUGAAAUUUAAAUUUAAGAAAUUGUGGUAAUCAAAAUUUUCAAUAGCUUUUGUGUUUAAGGUUUUUUUGGUCACAUGUUUCAAAAAUUAAAGUAUGUAUAUUUAAUAAUACAUGGAGAAAAAUCUUCUCUUUUUUCCUGUAUAUAUUUUUUUCUUUUCUUUCUUUUUUUUUUUUUUUUUGAAGCAGAGUGUCACUCUGUAGCCCAGGCUGGAUUGCAGUGGCACGAUCUUGGCUCACUGCAACCUCUGCCUCCCAGGUUCAAGUGAUUCUCAUGUCUCAGCCUCCCGAGUAGCUGGGAUUACAGACAUGUGUCACCACACCCGGCUAAUUUCUGUAUUUUUACCAUGUAUUUUUUGCAUUUUACCAUGUAUUUUUACCAUGGUUUCACCAUGUUGGCCAGGCUGGUCUCGAACUCCUAGCCUCAUAUGUUAUUUCUCCUUUUAUUUACUUAUUUUUUAUAUAAACUAUCAAUAACACAUACACACUGUUCUGUGCAUUGCUUUUUUUACUUAUCGUUGAGAUCUUUCCAUAUUAGCAUCUAGUUUCCUUAUUCUGUUGUCUGUCUUUGUUUUUACACUACAUAGGAUUCCAUUGUAUGGACAUUCUGGAAUUUAGUUAAUCAAUGCCACAUUGAAGGACAUUUGGAUUGAUUCUGGUCUUUCACUAUUAUAAAAAUUCUACAUUUAAUAACUUUGUGUGUAUGUCAUUUCAUACUUGUAUAGGAAUAUUAGUAAAGUAAAUUAUCCAGGAGCGGAAUUGCUAGAUCAAAGAUUAGAGUGUUUAUAAUUUUGGUAGCUAUUGCCACAUUGUUCCGGUUUACUCAUAUUCCUGUGAUAAAGAGUGCCUCUUUUCCUAUAGUCUUGCCAACAGAAUGUUAUGGAACUUCAUGCCAACAUGAUAGGUAGAAAAUGGUUAUCUCUCUGUUUUUUUGUUUUUGUUUUUUUUCUUUUUUGAGACAUGGUCUCUCUCUGUUGCCUAGUCUGAAGUGCAGUGGUGUGAUCAGGGCUCACUGCAGCCUUAAACUCCUGGGCCCAAGUAAUCUUCCCGCCUCACCCUCCCAAGCAGAUUACAGGCAUGUACCACCAAGCCUGGCUAAUUCUUUUUAUUUAUUUAUUUAUUUUGUUGAGACGGUAUCUUGUUGUGUUGCCCAGGCUGGUGUUGAACUCCUGGGUUCAAGCAGUCCCCCCCGCUUUGGCCUCCCAAGGCUGAAAUUAUAGGCAUAAACCACCACAGCUGGUCAAAAAUGGUUAUCUCAUUAAAGUUUUAAUUUGCAUUCUUUAGGGAUGGAAUGAAUAUUGUAUGUUUAAGAACCAUUUGAAUUUUUUUUCUGUGAACUGUAUAUUCAUAUAUUUUGCCCAUUUUUCUAUUGCAGUGCCCCUUUUCAUAAUAAAUCUGUAGGAACUCUGUGUAUUAUGGAGAUUUGCCCUUUGUAUGAUUUGAAAAUAUUUUUUUCCAAGUUGUCUUCCGAUUUUAUUGGAGUUUUCUUCCCCCCCCACCCACCCCCCCUACGGCUUCUGGAUUUUGAAUAUAAAUUUAAAGGCCUUUCCUACUCCCAGAUUUAUAAAUAAAGUAAUUUUCCACACUUUCCAAACUCUUGCUGCCUGUUUUCCCAAAACUCAAUAACUGCAUAUAAUUGAAUAACGUGGUAUUCCUCUUUAUCCCAAACUUGAUAUCUAAACUCACUGUUAGAACUCACUGUAUAAACUAAUAAAUCAAAUAGAUUCUGAUAGUGAAUGAGCCUUAGUAGAGAUGCUACUUUUAUCAAAAUACUUGUAUUUGUAUGGCUUCCCUCCUUCCUUGAAUUACCAGAAACCCCAUGGCUAAUUCUUCUCCAGCCAUGCCCUACUUCCACACUUCCUAUUUUUUCCCAUUAUAUCUCACCCAUAAAUGUUUUAGUUGUAUCUCUAAAAGAAAAGGAUUCUUUUUUUUUAACCUAGCCUCAUUGCCAUGUUAUACCUAUUGAACAAUUGACAGUAAUUCAUUAUUUUCAUUAUCUAGUCUAUGUACAAGUCUCUGAUUAUUGUUUUCUAAAUGCCUUUUUUAAACCAUGUAUUUGACUCAAGAUCGUAUGAAUUUCCUAAUUUGCAAUUCUUUGAUAGAUUUUAUGUCUCUUUUAAUUUAUAGGUUAUAGGUUCUUCCCUUAUCUUGCUUCCCCCCGACACCCAACCUUUUAAAAUUAUUUACUGGAGAAACUAGGUUGGGUUUGUCCUGAGUUGUCCACAGUCUGGGUUUUGCCGAUUGCAGAGGAGUAGUUGUUCCUCUAAUAUUGGUAGUUGAAUCAAGAGGCCGGAUGAGGUUCAGGUUGGUGGGGAGGAGACACAGGACAGGACAGCACACCUUCGUAGGUAGAAUUAUGUUCUUCCAUCAGGAGAAGCAUAAUAUCUCAGUGGCUUGUACGUUUUACAUUUAAAUCUUUAUCAUAUUUGGAAUUUAUCUAGAUAGAUGAUAUGCAGUAUGAAUCCAGCUUUGGUUUUGUUUUUCUAGAUGGAUACCUAGUUGUCCAACACCUUUUUUUUUUUUUUUUUUGUGACGGAGUCUUGCUUUGUCACCCAGGCUGGAGUACAAUGGCGUGAUCUCUGCUCACUGCAACGUCUGCCUUCCAGGUUCAAGUGAUUCUUGUACCUCAGCUUCCCGAGUAGCUGGGAUUACAAGCAUAUGCCACCACGCCUGGCCAAUUUUUUGUAUUUUUUCAUAGAGACAGGGUUUCAUCAUAUUGUCCAGGCUGGUCUCGAAGUACUGAGCUCAAGUGAUCCACGUGCAUCGGUCUCCCAUAGCACUGGGAUUUCAGGCGUGAGCCACUGCGCUCAGCCCAUUUUUUUUUUUAUGGCCACUAGAGAUGCCACUUUUACCAAAUUCUCGUAUGUAUUGGCUCUGUUUCUGGACUUUAAAUUCAGGUCUUGGUCUUUUGUGUCUUUAUGCACUAGCAUUAAUACUGUUUUAAUUAUUGAGGCUUUGUAAGUUUUAAUAUCUGGUAGAACUAUAUAUCCCUUGUUGUCCCUGAGCCCCAAGGUUAUUUUAAUUCUUUUUCUUUGCAUAAAUUUUAGAAUCAAUUUGUCUUACAUAGGAGAAAAACAAACAUUAAUAUUUUUGGUGGAUUCUUAUUUAAGAUAAUCUUUUUGGUGUUGAAUCUUUCUGCCCAAAGGCAUAUAUGUCUUUCUGGGUUGUUUACCUUUGUGUCUUUCAGUUGUUUUCUAAUGAUUUAUUUAUUUUUUAAAGAGAUCGGAUAUCUUAUCAAGCAGAGUUCCAUGGAACUUAAAAAAAAAGAGAGGAGAGAUAGGGUCUCACUCUGUUUACCCAGGCUGACGUGUUGUUUUUUUAGGGUCUCACUGUAUUACCCCAGGCUAAAGUGCUGUGAUAUGAUCAUAGUGCACUGCAACCUUGAUCUCCUGGGCUCAAGUGAUCCUCCCACCUCAGUCUCCCAAGUAGCUAGGACUACAGGCAUGGUUCACCAUGCACAGCUAGUUGUUUUUUGUAUUUUAAAAAUCUUGUAGAGAAAGGAUCUUGCUAUGUUACCCAGGCAGGUUUUGAACUCCUGACCUCGAGUUAUCCUUCUGCCCUGGCCUCCCAAAGUGCUAGGAUUAUAGGCAUGAACCACCAUUCUCGACCUAUUUCCUUAAAACAUACCAAAAUAACAUAUAGUGUAUGCAAAAGCUUAAAGAACCUAGCAAAUUACAAAGAUUAGGAUCAGUGGUUAUGAAUCAUUUUGGGGGGAGCAUGUCAUAGAGCCCUUUAAGAAUGAGAUAAAAGUAGUCUUUUCUAAGAAAACUAUGUACAUGAAAUGUGUACAGUUUCAGAGAAAUUCCUAAAAUCCUCCAUGUUUUUUAGGUAAGGAACUUUGGUCCUAGAUAAAAAAUUAGUAAAUUAUAUUUUGCCUUUUU